AUGGUUGAUAUUAACAUCGGAGGCAGAGGCAGUUCCUCAAGCGACAUUAAUGGUGGCGGCGUGAAGGAACAAGAGCGGUUGCUGCCAAUAGCCAAUGUUGGUCGGAUAAUGAAGCAGAGCUUACCUCAGAACGCGAAAAUCUCGAAGGAGGCGAAGGAAACAAUGCAGGAAUGCGUGUCGGAGUUCAUAAGCUUCGUGACGAGCGAGGCCUCGGAGAAGUGCCGGAAGGAGAGGAGGAAGACGGUGAAUGGUGAGGACAUUUGCUGGGCACUGACAACACUGGGUUUUGAUGAGUAUGCAGAUACAAUGAGGAGGUACUUGCAUAGGUACAGAGAGUUAGAGGUGGAUAAGCAGCUCAAUAGUAAUCAAGAAAACAGAGGAAAUAGCCCUCAUCAUGAAGAGAAAGAUCAUGAACUACAUAAAUUGCACCCUCGAGGAGGAGUUAAUUAA